AUGUGCCCCUCACGGCUGUCCCGGACCAUCACACAGAAACCGCUGCCCACACUGGCUGAUACCAUGUUCACGCCCACGACGGUUCCGCCGGCACCGCUGCCGAUGCCACAACUCAAGGAGCUGCGCCCUGGCCUGGCGUUGCUGCCGCCGUUGUCGCGCCGAGGGACCGGACCAGGGCUCCUCGUUGUCUGCCCGUCGACGGCCGAUCCGCUGGCGAUUGUCGACGGCGUGCCGUGGCCGCUCGUCAAAUGGGCCGAGGAGAGCUACACGGUCGUGCAUGUGCAGCCUCGGGCCUUGAAGGGGGGUGCAGACAGGGCCGUCCAGGACGCGCUGGCGGCACUGUCCCGCAGCGACGAGUGCACGCCCAAAGGCAACGUCGGCAUUGUUGUGUAUGGGGCCGCGUUGUGGAACGACUUGGCUGCGGCCAUCCCCGCCAGCGAGAUCGCUGCAGCAGUUGUCUAUGCCGGUGCCUCGGAAGCCGAUGCACUCGCCCCGUCGCCCGUUCGCAUUCUGCAUCAUUUCGGCGGACCCAGUCCCAGUGUCGGCCGCACGCUCGAGCGCACCGCCGACCACACACGCUACUGGUACCCUGCCGUGUCCUCUGGCAGCUUUGCCGUCCCCUGGCAGCCCGCCUUCCACGCCGCCACCGAAGCCGUCGCCCACACCCGCAGCCUCGCGUUCCUGAAGCCGCUGAUGGGCGGGCCCUACUUUGACCUCGAACUGCUCUGGGACGAGCACAUCUACUACGAGUUUGGCGACCGCUCCGUCGCGCACACCAUGGCCACCAUGGUCCAGGAGCCGUACGUCAACCACGUGCCCACGCUGACGGGCGGCAUCGGCCGUGCGUCCCUGUCGGCCUUUUACCGCGACCACUUUAUCUUCUGCAACAGCCCCGACACCGCCCUCGAGCUGAUCAGCCGCACCGUCGGCGUCGACCGCGUCGUCGACGAGUUCUUGUACACGUUUACGCACGACCGCGUCGUGGACUGGAUGCUGCCCGGGGUGCCGCCGACGGGCCGCCGGGUGGAGGCGCCCUUUACGGCGGUCGUGAACAUCCGCGGCGACCGGCUGUACCACGAGCACAUUGCAUGGGACCAGGGCACAGUGCUGGCACAGCUGGGCCUGUUGCCCGCGUAUCUGCCGUUUCCAUACCCCGUUGCAGGUGCGCCGGCCGACCAAAAGUUGGACUAUCGGCUGCCGGUGGCCGGCAUCGAGACGGCGAACAAGCUGCGAGACAAGAACGCCGAGCCCUCCAACCAAUUGUUUGGCUACACCGUACGCGUAGCCGAUGAGGGAAGUGAUGCGACGAAGUGA